GAAAUUUGAUCUUGACGAAUCGCCAUGGCUGCUCACGGCGACGGAUUCUCAGCCGCUGCUACGGAAGAGCUCAUGGGCCAGUUAGAGAAACGGCCGAUUUGUACCAUCGUCUUCAUCGUCGCUAUGCAAAAGGAAGCUCAGCCUCUGAUCGACAAAUUCGGACUCGUUAAAGACGUUAAUUCGCCGUUUCCGAAAGAGGUGGCUUGGGUUCUGUUUAAUGGAAUGUAUAAAGACUUGAACAUCAAUAUAGUGUGUCCAGGAAAAGACGCAACUCUUGGGGUUGAUAGUGUAGGCACGGUUCCUGCAUCUCUCGUGACUUAUGCUUCCAUUCAGGCAAUUCAACCCGACCUAAUCAUCAAUGCAGGAACUGCUGGUGGCUUUAAGGCCAAAGGAGCAAGUAUUGGCGAUGUUUAUAUUGUCUCCAGUGCCGCUUUCCAUGACAGGAGAAUACCUGUUCCUGUUCUUGAUCUAUAUGGUGUUGGUAUGCGAAAAGCCUUCCCUACACCCAACCUUAUAAAGGAACUGAACCUAAAGGUAGGACGAUUAUCCACUGGUGAUUCUAUGGAUAUGUCUCCACAUGACAAAGAAUCAAUCACAGCAAAUGAUGCUACAGUGAAAGACAUGGAGGGAGCAGCAGUGGCCUACGUUGCUGAUAUUUUUAAGGUUCCCACCAUUUUAAUGAAAGCAGUAACUGAUAUCGUGGAUGGAAAUAGACCAACUUCAGAGGAGUUUUUGGAGAACUUAGCUGCGGUCACUGCUAAACUUUAUGAGUCAGCUACCAAAGUGAUUGACUUCAUCAGUGGGAAGUGUCUCUCAGAACUCUGAAAAGUCAUACAUUCCACACCUACUGGCUUUCCUAAUUUUCAAAACCGUAAGUUUCAUCGAUAAGGUUCGCGUAUGUGCUUUGGGCGAAGGAGGGAUAUAAAGAUUCAAGCAAAAGGUUUAGGCAAAUAGGUUGGAGGAGAAAAUUUAUAUUACUCCAUUUUUCCUUAUUUGUUGUUGUUCCCUUAUUUUGUUAUCUUGCAUAUGAUGAUGGAUCAUCAUACAUGCAGAAAAUCAGCAAAUUUUGAUACUCAACAACAUAAAUCAGAAAUUUUC